AUGCCACCGCAAACCCGCAUCGCAGACAAAAUCAUCACCGUCCCCAAACCCCUCCCUCACGAAAGCCUCCCCAUCCUCGUCACCCGAUACAAAGUCCUCCGACUAACCGGUCUACAAUCCGACCCCGGCUCGUUCACAUCCACAUAUAACCGCGAAGUCCAGUUCAACCACGAAACCUGGACUGCGCGACUACUGAACCCGCUAUCCAGAGUCUUCGUCGCCGUAUUCCCUGAUAUACCCGAUGCACAACAUACCGGGGUCCACGACUCCAGCCAGGAAUGGGAUGAUGUGAAGCGGCUGGUUGAUAUCCCCUGGCUUGGACAACUCACACUUCGCGGUCCUGUUGUUGCGCCGCCUCGGAGUAGACAGGCGACCAGGGCGACUUGGGAGCUGUUUGAGGAUAUUGAUUUCGGGAAGGCUGCUGAGGGGGCAAAGUCGAUUCCGCCGGGGUCCAGGGUCGUUUAUACCCUGGUAGGGGCGUAUGUUCUCCCUGAGGGAAGAGGAGCUGGGAAUGGCAGGAGGCUGGUUGAGGCUGCUAUCACGGCUGUGUAUGGGGAGACGACGGCGAAGGGGGUGAAUGCGACAGUUGUUGUGCUGGUGACGAAACAUAAUCUCAGCGCGAAGAGAUUGUAUGAGCGUGUUGGGUUUGUUUCUGGUAGCAAUACUGUUGAUGUUGAAGGGGAGGAGAAGUGGGAGUUGGUUAUGAACGUUGGAAGCUGA